AUGUUGGAUGAUUACUACACCUGGACUUACCCAGAUAUACCCGAAAAUGUGGCACAGGAGCUGCUGCAGCUCAACGGUUCGCUGGUAGUGGUCGGAGUCGUUGGCCGGUCGGAUUGCGACCUGGCCAACAAGAUGCUGGCUUUCGGCAUGGAGCCGCCCGAUGAUCACACGCCCGAAGACGGUCAGAUACAGUGUUACUACAAGCCGGGCACCUUCAGCCUGCUGCUGCACUUCGAAAGCACCUACGACGCGGAGAUUUCUGGCCAGAUGAUAGAUGUCUGUAUAGAGGAUGUGGAUACUCCCUUCGACAUCGACAGCUUCUUCGAGAGGAUUCGAUGUCGCUUCGUGCGCAUGAUGCUGUUGGCCCUGCACGUUUGCCACAUUGUGGUGUACGUGGAAAAUGGGCUGACGUUUGAUCCGACACUGCUCACCGUGUUCCAGUUGGCCAAGUUCGCAAGGGAACAGCAUUUGAUGCAGUUCCUGCCACAAAUGCUUAGAGAAACGCCUGCCGCCAGGAUAAGUGAGCGCACACGACUGUGCGCUCCCAGGAUUCUCUUCCUAUUCGAAAACUUUCCGGGCGACGAGCCAAAGACACGCGAAUCCGUCUCUACAUGCGAGUUCCAGAUGGAGGACUGCAUCUAUGAGUUGUUGCGCCGCUACAACAUCGUGACCAAUAGCAGCAGCAACUCGCUUGUGGCACUUCCCAACAACAAACAGUUCGUCUUCUUCAACGCACACGAAGAGUUGCGUGACGACAAGCUGCUGAAGGCCAUCGAUUGCCUCAAUGAGACAAUGUACAAGCCGGAUCUCAAAGAGGAGGAGGAAGACCUGGAGAUCUUGGCGAUGGCUCCCUUCGAUGGAUUCGUCAAACCCUUCACUAUGCCGGUCUAUGAGAAGGAGUGGGAGAAUCUGCAGUAUCAGGAGGACCACACCGUGUGGAACUUUCUGCAGCGACACGUUCACGACGCCUUGGUGGGUUGCUUUGAUGCAGGCUCCUUCAAGCAGCAUGCCCAGCAGGGUCCGUUCCAACUCCUAAAUAGUCGGGAGUGGCACGAUUGCAUGGCCACGAUGCACAAGUUGCUGGUGGAGAACGCAAAGGAUCCAGACCACGAAACCAGCAAUGAGGAAUAUAAACUCUUCCUGAAAAACUUCGACGAGGACUUGAACUAUGAGAAAAAAUUUUGGGCUCACCUCUGCGAAUUGGGCCUGAAGAAGGGCAUCGCCGCCUACAAGAACGCUGCACCCGCAAACUAUGGCACCGCCACGCACCGACAACUACUGGCGGAUGCCACCCUUGCCUUCGAGGAGGAAGGUCGCGGUCCACAGGCGCAGGCGGCACUGGCGAAGCUGGCAGCCAUUUGCCACAAGCAUUGGGAGGAUGGACGUCAGCAGUGCGAGCAGCUUAGCCUGCGCUCCCAUCCCUGCACACUGCCCAAGAAUAUGCCGCACGAGAAGCACAACAGCGGAGUGAUCCACAUCUCCACUUGCAACUGCGGUCGCACUCAGGGCCGACGAGAGGACCCGUUCAACCUGCGGCAAGCGAACUACGAGUUCUACGAGCACAUUGCCCAAAUGUGCAACCUGUGCGUUAAGGUCAAACAGUACCAGUUCCCCAUUUUCGAGCCAUCGGUUAGUGAUUACCGGGCGGCGGCCUUUGAAGCUGCAUUUCCUCUGCUGAAUACGGGAAAAAGUGGUGCGCCGCAAGACGAAGAUGCGGGGGAAGACGAAGCGGAGGAAGAGGAGGGUCAGGAGCGAGAGCUGCCCACGAAAAAGCAACUUCAGAAUACCGCCAGCAACUGCUGCUCCCAUCCCUUGUCGCCCACCUUUGGGUCCGAUCUAAACAUGUCCAUUGCUGGAUUUGGAGCAUCACUGAAGGAAUCGCAGGCUAGAUCCGAGCAACUGUCGAAUUCCGAGCAGAAUACCACGAGAAGUGGCUCCUCCAGCGUCGAUACAGAGAACGAACUAGUGGUUGAGCUCCAAGAGCCAGCAAAGAAGGAGGCUCGCGAAGACGUCGGUCCAACCGAUGCCGUCUCCACGUCCACAACUGAGUAUCUGCCGGGCUUGGUGCAUACUGUCAGCAACUUUGACCUCCUGCCGCUCUUCCCAAGCUGGUCGCUGGCCUGCGUGGGUCCCAGUUCCAUUUACAGCCACAAUACAGGGCUGCAGGAGCACUUCCAAAGCGGCUUCUUGUCCGGCGCCAAUUUCCUGCUGCCCUGGGACGUCCAGUUGCGCCUAGUACACGCGCUCAAGCAGCAAUACCAACAUCAUCAUCACGGAAAGAAGCAGCAGCGCUGGAAGAAGCAGGGCGACAGGCUGUCGCUCAAAAUAUUCGUGGGCAUGGAGUACGAGUGCUCCCGCGGACACCGGUUCAUGAUGUGCGCCCCAGAUCGCGUGCUGCGCGGUGGAGCAGACAUCGAACGCGACACCUGCAGCAAGGUGGUCCACAACAACAUGCCGCUCUACUAUCCCUGUCCCUGCAGAUCUCAGAAGAACUUUCUGGCGCAGCUGAUGCGCAUCCAUGUGGUGACGCCCAAGGCGCCGGUCAACAUCAUCGUGGAUCCCAAGGUGUGCGUGGGAAGGUACACCUUCACCCUGGGCAGCAUACUGCCGCCUCGUCUGUCGCAGAGCGCCUACUGGAUCAUCCGAUUGCCCUACGUCUACCAAGGAGACGAUGUGCUCAUCGCUCCGCCCGAUCAACUGGAUCCAGACUAUCCGCUGGCCGGUGGAUAUCUACUGCCUGGGAUGUUCGGCGUGGUAGAGACGGAUCCCACGCUGGAUCUGAAUGAACCUGGCAUGAUGGGCGCUUCUGCAGCGGGAAAUUUCACUAGGAUUUAAGAGUCCACACAGAUGAAUAGAAUGGAAACCAUUUAUAUCCGGUACCUCUUAUCAGAGUUCCAAUGUUAGUGCAGUGAAUAAAUCAAAAGCCUCACCCAAAAAAGAAAAGUCUGCGUGCUUAAAUAUAACGAUUAAUGUAAUCUCUUCAGGCGAUUCUGGGAAAUACGCGACGUGGAAUAGUUGGAGUCGUUGUGGCUCCAACUUGGGUAAGGGUAUAUCCCUUGGGAUGUAAAAUGAGCAGCAUAAAGUAAGGCUUAAUACUAACAAAAUGUAAUAUCUUUGUAAGAUAAUGUGCAAAUACAAUACGUCCAUUUCCUGGACAAUCUUCA